AUGUUGAGAAAGUUUGGGAUUAAAAAAUCGGAAAAUAAAGAAAGUGAAGCGAGGCUAAGAUUGCAAAGGGAACUUUUCAAGUACCAAAAGUGCACAGAGUAUGGCCUACCACACAAGUCUAAUGCCCUGGAUUAUAACCCAUCCCUUGAUAUGUUUGCUAUUGGCACUAAAGAUGGCUAUAUCAGAAUUUAUGGAGGCCCUGGUGUUCAGUUCUGUGCAGAGCAUAAAGAUGAUGUUUCAAUACAGGCAGGUAUGUUUGUAUGUGGAAACCUGAUAACAUACUGCAAUGAUAAAAAACUAUAUCUAUGGGAGUUGGCAUCAACGAGCAACAACGCAACUACAACCACCACCGCAACAACAACAUCAUCAUCAAAAAAAUCAUCAUCGCCAUCAUCACAAAUACAGCAGCCAUCUUCAUUCUGCUUAUCCAAAGAUCAUGAUUUUUUGUACAUUGGAUCAGAAAAUGGUCACAUCUAUUCGGUGUCUUUGGUGAACUUCAAACUGUCAGAUCAGAUUAUAUACAGGGAGAAUUUAAUGCAGAGCAUUCCAGAUGAGGUGAGGAGGUUGAACCAGGGAUGUGUUCAGAGCAUUCUCCAACAUCCAUGCCAUCAUCAUCAGAUUCUUAUGGGCUUUAACAGAGGUUUAAUGCUGCUAUAUGAUACGGCCCAUAAGAAAUGCCUUGAAUAUUUUCACUCUAAUCAGCAAAUAGAAUCCUUGGCCUACCAUAGAUCUGGCGAGGAGUUCGUCUGCAGUCAUUCCGACGGUUCCUACGCUGUCUGGCGGACGAACCUCCAUAAUAAUAAUAAUAAUAAUAAUAAUAAUAAUAAUAAUAAUAGGCCUUCGCCGUGCAAAGCAAUAACCAAAAUAUUAUGGAAAGCCAUCCGUGAUAGGAAUGAUAGCUUGAUGAUAUACAGUGGAGGUAUGCCGCGAAGUAGUUACGGUGACCACAACGUCGUUACUGUCUCGCGCUGCAACGCGGCAACCACAUCAACCGCAGCGGCAACUGCAACCGCAACAACGACAAAUAACGUCUGCUGCUGUUUCGAUUUCGCGUCCAAGAUCAUGGAUUUUGUCGUCCUGGAUGGGAGUAAUGAUGACAGUGAUGACGAUAAUGAUGACAGACCAUUUUGCCUGUUGGUACUUACCGAAGAGGAAUUAGUAGCUAUAGACCUGACAACAGAUCCAUGGCUCCCUUACAAACUCCCCUAUCUUUCCACCCUGCACUCCAGUGCCAUUACUUGCUCACUCCACAUUGAUGACGUUGAUGAUGGAUUUUAUGGUGAACUCAAGAGAAUUGGUGACAAACAGUGUGGGAAUAAAUAUAGUAGAAAUCCAUGGCCAAUCAGAGGAGGAACUGACUACAAUGCUGACCUUAAAGUGGGUCACGACAUCUUAAUAACUGGACAUGAAGACGGAACCGUUAUGUUCUGGGACGUGUCGUCCAUUGACAUCAGCCUAAUCAUUAAAUAUGAUUCCACCAUCAUUUUCGAAUCAUCGUCAUCAUUACUGCCUGCUCACGAUGAUGAUGAUGAUGAUGGUGGUGAUGAUGAUGAUGCCUGGCCCCCUUUCAAGAAGGUUGGGACAUACGACCCAUACAGCGAUGAUCCGCGACUUGCAGUUCGAAAAUUGGACUUCAGCAAACAGCAUCAAACGUUAGUCGUAGCUGGAACAGCUGGUCAGCUGAUUGUCUCCAAGUUCGAAACUACCCCCAAAGGACUAGUCGAAUGCGAGGUAGAUCUAAAACCCGUCCGACUCAAUUUACUGGACCGCCAUUUUGUCUGGAAAGGUCACGAGACCAUGAUCUUGAGAAAAGGUCAGUUGAAGUUAGCAGCCGGAUUUCAGCCCAGCUGCUUGGUGCAGGUGCACCCACCGGCUGCUUGCACAGCUGUCUGCUUGCAAUCUGAUUGGCAGCUAGUAGCAGUUGGCACAGCUCACGGUUUCGGAUUGGUUGAUUAUCAGCAGAGGAAGUUUGUUGAUCUGAGGUGCACCUUGAAUCCUAACGAUAUUUCCGGGUCAUGUGACCAGGGCAUGUCGAGGCGGAAGUCAUUCAAAAAGUCCCUAAGGGAAUCAUUUCGUCGUCUGAGGAGUCGUAGAUCGGAGAGGCACAAGAAAUCCAUAACGAACAUCAACGCUAACAUAUCUUCCCCACCAAAGAACCAACAACAACAGCAGCCGACCAUCACUAACAACAGUUCCGGGUUGAUCGACCUCGACGUACCAAAACCCGUGGAGAGGGCCGUCGAAGCCAGGUCCCCAGAUGACGUCAGUGGGUCCAUCGUCAAAGUUCUAUAUUUUGCCGACACAUUCCUAAUCAGUGGUCAUUCGCAUAGCCCCUCCCUCUGGGCGGGCACAAACGCAGGCACCGUCUACAUCUACCAGAUCACAAUCCCUGAUGAUGACAAGAGGAAGGAUGAUGAAGUUCAGAGUUUGUUAGCAAAAGAGAUUCACCUCCGGCACCACGCUCCCGUGGUAAGCAUAAACGUCAUCGACAAGAAUGGACAACCUGCCGACCAAUCAAAUUUUAAGAUUUCAAAAGUGCCUGACCAGCUGACCAAUCAAACGCAUUCUGUCGUCAUCUGCUCUGAAGAACAGAUUAAAAUAUUUACCCUACCAAGUUUAUCAGCUAAGGAGAAGUUUAAGUUGACCGCUCAUGAAGGUUCUAAGAUAAGGAGGACUGCCUUCGUCAAUUACAUCAGUAAAUCCGAUCCUAAAUACUCUGAAUACUGCCUUACUUGCUUGACAAACCUGGGCGAGGCGCAUAUUUUCACGUAUCCAUUGUUGAGGAGGCAGCUGAAAGUUGAAUGCAUCAGGAAGGAUAACAUCGUUGGGAUAGUAUCAUGCAUAUUCAGCGAGCACGGACACGCAUUCUACAUGGAAUCGCCUUCAGAAUUUUCCAGGUUCACACUUUCGACAACGGCAUCCAAGGCCUUACCCAACUGCGGAUUAACCGUGUCAAGUCACCGGCCAAUAGGCGUUAAUCGGGUCAACAACAAUAACAACAAUAAUAACAUUAAUAAUAGUAGUAAUAACGCUGAUAAACAUCCUACUACUACUACUAACAAUAAUAAUGAUAAUAAUAAUAAUAACAACGAUAGGAGUGAUAAUGUGAUAAACAUUAUGAAUGUUGCUAGUAGUAUUGACGAUGUCGUUAGACGUAAUGAUGAUGAUGAUGAUGGUGGUGGUGUUGGUGAUGGUGGUAAUGAUAAUGAUGGUGGCAGAGAAGGAGGCGACGAUGGUAAUGUAGUCGCGGCAAAAAGCAGUGGAGAUGCUGAUGGUGGCGAGAGAGAAAGGGCAGCUAUGAUGAUGAUGAUGAAGUAUAAGGCCUCGUCUAUGUAG